UAAAACGCCGUACACGUUGAAUAGACCGUUGAAUUCACGUCAGUGUAUAUAGUCAGCGAGCAGUCGUGUUUUUACAUUGAGCGAGGAAUUAAUGAUUUAAUUAUUGGGAAUUGAGGAAGGUUCCGUCCAGAUGGCAUUUCUUAAUCUGGGCGUUAAGGCUCUACUCAGCUGGGUCAAUAAUAUUAUAUUGGCCCAUCGAGAAAUUAACAUCGAAGAGCUACGAGAUGGGGAGUUCCUGCUUCAUGUUGUUCACAAACUGAAAAAAGAACCAAACCCCCCUUUAAUUCAAUCAACUGAGGAACGCUUUAAAGUCAUUGCAGAAUUUGUGGAGAACGAUUGCAGAUUUAGUCCAACCAAAGGUCCAUCAGUAUCAUGGGACAACAUAAGAAAUGGAAUCAACCUGACUGUGGAAAUUGCAAAGGUGCUUUUGUUGUUGGUUUACCAUGACAUGAUGAGUGAACGCUGCACACUAAAGACCUUAGACUGUGAAGUGGAGAGGGAAAUUGCAAAUCUGACUAUUUCUUUUGUGAUGGAGAGUCAUGGCAGUGUUUUUCUGAGCAGUGGCCUCGAUGCCUACUUGGCAAAGCGAUAUUUACCUGUGCCUCCAGAAAUAUUGGCGCAAACAGCAAGCACCUCUACUUCCAGUGCGUCAACAGCCUCUAUGCUCUCAGAUGAAGACUCCCCUGUGUUCCAUCGCACAAAGAAAAUCACAUUUGUGGAUAUGCAUACUGUGGCAUCGUCUUCUGUCAGCAAGUCUCCUCUUCAGGAUAUAAUGAACACACCCAAAUUCCAAUUGCGGAAGAUCCAACGACAGAUGAUCAAAGAGCAAGAUUAUAGGGAUGGACUGGAGAAGGAGCUUGCGGGCAAGAUUAGCCUCAUUACACAAAGAGAAUCUCAUAUUAACCAGUUACAGUAUUGCCUGGACAAGAUGAAAAGGGAGCAGAGUGAUCAAGAGCUUACGACUAAGGAACAAAUCAAUGAACUUGAGACCAAGAAUAACUCGUUACAGCUGCGUCUCAACGAAAUUUUAAAAGACAACAAAGACUGCAAAAAUAACUUUUCGCUGAUGGAGCGAAAAGUGAAUGAACUUGAAGAGGAGAACGGUGUCCUCUCGUCACAGAUGCGUAGAGCCAAUGCACAGCUGUCGAUAUUCCAAGCUGAAGUUGGCAGGCUGACCGAAACCUUAGCAUCUGGUCAAGAGGAGUGGAGAGCCAAAAUGGACUACCUGCAGUCUGAACUCGGUCAAGCCACUGCACAGAAGGAGCUCCUGGCCGAACAAAUUCAGAUCCUCCAGGGGAAGAUUUCAUGUUUAGAAGAUGAAAUUAGAGUAGCUACAAAGCAGGAUGUCGGAGAAAACAUGGGGCCUGUAAUGGAGAGAGAUGAGCUGGAGUGUGAAAUUGACCGCCUAAAGAACAAGCUGGACAGCACAUUUGGCAGCUUGAAGAAGGCUGAGGCCACUGUGGAGGCCAAAAUACUGCAGCUUUCAGCGUAUGAGCAAGAAAUCGCCAAACAGAAAGAACUCCUGGAGCAACAAAACCUUCAGAUUGAAGACAUUGUUCAAGCUAAGGAUUGCAUUUUGAAAGAGCUGCAAAAGGAAAUCUCUCAGCAGAGAGCAGCCCUUCAAAAAGAGAUCGAUCAGCUUAAAUUUCAACUCGAGCAAGCGGAGCAGCAGAAAGCUCAGGAGAUUAGUGAGAUCCAGAAGCUUAUUGCUGCUUUACAACAAGAAUUGGACACCCUGAGAGAAACUACUAGAGAGAAGGAACACCUCCUUAAUCAGGCCAAAGAAAAAGUGAAAGAUCUUGAAACCAAGUUUCAUGACCUAACCGCAAUUUUGGUGGAUAAAGAUAAUCAAAUUAACGUUCUCAAAGAAGAAGUUAAGGUUUUUACAAUUGAAACUAUGAAAAGCAAAGACGAAAUUGAAACCAAAGACCAACUGCUGGCCCAACUACGACUGGAGACUUCUAAUCAGCAAGUUGUUCUCCAGAAUAGAAUCCAGACGUUGACAGUUGAAGUGGAAAACCUGAGCUUGUCUGUUCAACGCGCUGAACAAGAAGUUCAACUUAAGCAUGACCUCUUGGCUCGAACCGAACAAGAGAAUAUCAAGCAGAAGGAAGUGCUUCAGCAACAGAUUUUAACCAGUGAGGUGGAGGCUUCCCGGCUUAGCACAGAGAUCGAGGCCAGAAAUGAGCAGCUUGUCAUUUUGCACAAGGACAGUUCUAAGGAGUCUGAAAUCCUUCAAGAACAGAUAAACCAUCUAAAAAGCCAAGUUGAUUAUCUGAAUAACUCUUUGAAAAAGGCUGAAGACCAUCUUCAAUCUCUGCAGGAACUGCUCGCUCAGCAGGAGCGGGAAAGUGCUGGUCAAAAAGACAUUUUGCUGCAGCAACUGUCGGUUUCUGAAGACAGUGUAAGGACCAUGAAGGCAGAGAUCCAGACUAAAGAGGAGCAUAUCGCUUUAUUAAACAAGCAGUUUUCAGAGACGUCACAACUUCUUCAUCAAGACAUCCACAGUUUAGAGGAACAGGUGGAAAGCCUCACUUCAUCUUUGAAGAACGCUGAGGAGAAUCUGAAAUCCAAGGAGAGUCUGUUUGCCAAGCAGCAUUCACAGAGUACUCUGGAAAUGGAGAAACUGCAGACACAGAUGAUUUCUUCUCAAGAAGAGGUGAGCAGACUGAUUUCAAAGCUACAUGCCAAGGAGGAACAGCUCAGUCUGCUCAUGAAUGAGAGCUCCACACAGUCUGAACUGCUUGAACAGAAGAUUGAUAGUCUGGAUAAACAACUAGAGAGUUUGAGUCAUUCUCUUUGGAUUACAAAGGACCAAGUGAAGGCCAAAGACGAUUUAAUUGUCAAGCUGGAGAAAGAGAACACUUUCCACAUUGAGGCACUCAAAAAGCACAACAUGGAUCUUUUGCAGGAGGCCAAACAAUUCAAGGAGGAAAUUCAAACCAAAGACCACCAGUUUGACUUGUUUAGAAUAGAGAGCAGCAAGCAGUCAGAGUCGCUGAAGAAUGAAAUUCAGAGUCUCAAGAGACAAAUACAAAGUGUCACUGAAUCACUUCAAACUGCAGAGGAACAAGUCAAAACAAAAGUUGAUCUCCUGGCAAACAAGGAAAUUGCGAUUUCAACGGAAAGAAACAAGUAUCAAAGCCUAAUGGAAUCCUCUUCUGCAGAAGUAACCCUGCUGAGGGAUCGCAUACAGGCUCUAGAGCAACAGCUUGCCACGCAGAAAGAGAGCUCUUUACAGACAGAUAUGCUACAUAAAGAAAUCAGCCAGCUAAAAGACCAGUUGGCAGCGGUGAAUAAUUUGCUCUCCGAAGCCAAGCAGACGGUUCAGGCCCAGUCGGCUACGAUGACAGCACAAGAGCAAGAAUGUGUUCACCAGAAAAAGCUUCUAAACCAUCAACUGUCUGCAUCGGAGGCAGAGAUGAGGAAGGUGACUGUGGAGAUCCAAGUUAGAGACGAACGUAUCAUGCAACUGAAUGCCAACCACUCUAAGCAGUCUGACUUGCUUGGUCAAGAGAUCCAACAUUUAAAGAAACAAGUAGAGUCUCUGAGAGAAGCUGAAGAAGAUAUUCAUAUUAAAAAUGAUUUGUUGACUCAGCAGCAGAUGGAAAAAGACAUGAAGCUUCAGGAGAUGAGCCAAAAAGAGGAGAUCCAACAGAAACAGCUUUCCUCCUUUGAAACAGAAAUUCUGAAGCUCAGAGAAUGUCACGAUGAGAAGCAGAAACUCCUCAUUAAGACUGAAGAGGAACUUGACCUGCUCAAGUCUGAGUUGGCUGCUGUCAAAAUCCAAACAGCUGAGAAAGACCACAGCCUCAACACCCUUAAUGCUGAGCUUGCCAUCCAAGCAAAGUUGGUUCAAAAGGCGAAGCAGGAGGCUCAGGACAAUGCCAAGAUGCUUGCUGAGAUCCAGGAAGAGGCUGCCAAAACGACACAUGCACUUAAACUCGAGCUAGUGGACCUUAAAAGACAAUUGGAAGUCAUGUCUCUCCAACGGACAGAUAAAGGGCAGCAGAUACUCGGAACCCAGCAAUUGUCUGCUCAUCUGAUGGAGGAACUGCAGCUGUCUGCAUCUCAGCCAGAUGUGAGCAAGAUGAAGGUGGCCUUUGCUGACCUAAAUCUGUGUACACACAACCAAAUCCCUGGUCACCAAGGAGAAAUGUCGGAGUCAUUUUACUUGGAGGUUCCGGGCUCACGCUCAAAUGUUCACACCAAAGUGGAACCCAAGAGAAUUAUGAGCUCGGACAGUCUGGACCAAAGCUCCCUUGAAGACCUGCUGAACAACACAAGGACAAUUUCGGCACCUGAUGAAUCGAGUACGCCGCUUGUUCGUAGUUCUGAGAGACUGGCAGCCAAACGACGUGGUCUGAAGGCUGAGUCACUCGAAACUCUUUACUUCACACCAAUAAAUACUCGGCACAACAACAGAACCACUGCGGAAAGCAAAACAGAAGUGGACUUGGGCUAUACAAAUCCAUUGUCGUCUGUCAAGAGACGGAGGACAACGCAGGUUAUCAACAUAACCAUGACAAAGAAAACUCCAGGCGGCGUUGAAGGUGAAGAAACGUUUUACAGCCUGGCUUCAGCUUACUCCCAGCCCAACCUCUCCAGUGCCCAUGGCUCACGCCCUGUGUCCAUGGAGGUUUUUGACACACCUGCUAGAAUGACCGCCACUGCCAGCGACCAGCUCAGCGGUCUUCCUGGGUAUCGGCGGAGCACGCUCCAUUCUCAGACUGCAAGUACGUUUGGCGUUGGGGCAGAGAACGAGCCAGAAGGUGCGCCUGACGACUGGAUGAGGAUUGCUGAGCUGCAGGCCAGGAACAAAGCUUGCCUUCCUCAUCUCAAGAGCAGCUAUCCUGCGGAGUUUGAGGCUGGCUGUAAGAGCGUGCUCCCUUUCACCGAUGAAGAUGUACGUACAGGUGACCCAACGGAGACAAUUCGACGAGCGUCCGUCGUGCCAGGCCAGCUGCAGGACUCUCUGGCUUCCCAUCGCCACUCACUCGCAGCAGUGCAGUCAAGUACCACAGCCGGCGUCCGUUCACACCGUCUGUCUUUGAUGACCGACCACCCAACGUCUAAAUCGGUCGGCUCCUCUCAAAUGAAAAGCCCGAGAUUCACAAAGCAGGCUGCCUCGACGUUAUGUGUUCCUCAAACGUCACCUGAGGUUGAUCGCAGGCAGUCUUUGAUGUUCACUGUUGACAACACCCCUAAGAACGGCAGCAGCAAUUACCUGAAAAGAGGCCUGAACAAACUCCGGAGCUCCAGCCGAAAGUCACCAGGCAAAACCUCCAAGAGGUCUCCCGUGAAUGCUAUGCAAAAAGAAAACAAGCAGGCUGCCACUUCCCGUACUGUGGCGCGUCGAGCGGCCAGGGGUGGGAGCUUCAAGUCACCCCAAAUGGUCUCGAGGGAAAACAAGAAGUCCCCUCAAACUGUUGCCAAGUCUCCACGGUUGACGGCAAGCGCUCGCAAGAAAACUCCAGGCGGCGUUGAAGGUGAAGAAACGUUUUACAGCCUGGCUUCAGCUUACUCCCAGCCCAACCUCUCCAGUGCCCAUGGCUCACGCCCUGUGUCCAUGGAGGUUUUUGACACACCCGCUAGAAUGACCGCCACUGCCAAUGACCAGUUCAGCAGUCUUCCUGGGUAUCGGCGGAGCACGCUACAUUCUCAGACCGCAAGUACGUUUGGCGUCGGGGCAGAGAACGAGCCAGAAGGUGCGCCUGACGACUGGAUGAGGAUUGCUGAGCUGCAGGCCAGGAACAAAGCUUGCCUUCCUCAUCUCAAGAGCAGCUAUCCUGCAGAGUUUGAGGCUGGCUGCAAGAGCGUGCUCCCUUUCACCGACGAAGAUGUACGUACAGGUGACCCAACGGAGACCAUUCGACGAGCGUCCGUCAUGCCAGGCCAGCUGCAGGACUCUCUGGCUUCCCAUCGCCACUCCCUCGCGGCACUGCAGUCAAGUACCGCAGCCGGCAUCCGUUCUCACCGUCUGUCUUUGAUGGCGGACCACCCAACAUCUAAGUCGGUCAGCUCCUCUCAACUGAAAAGCCCAAGAUUCACAAAGCGUGCUGCCUCGACUUUAUGUGUUCCUCAAAUGUCACCUGAGAAAAAAUUGAAGGCCAGCUGCUUCCCCCGCCCUCUCACUCCCAAAAACAAGAAUAUCAACAGUGGACCCUCCAACUCACAACUUGACCCUGUCCUCAGUCCAGUUAAUCGCCGGCAGUCUAUGAUGUUCACCAUCGACAACACCCCGAACAAAAGCAGCAACAACUACCUGAAAAGAGGCCUCAACAAACUCCGUAGCUCUACCCGAAAGUCGCCAAGCAACACCUCCAAGAAUGCCAUGCAAAAAGAAAAUAAGCACGCUGCAGUUUCCCUCGCGGCAGCGGGGCGAGCGGGCAGGGGUGGGAGCUCCAAGUCACCCCAGGUGAUCUGCAAAGAAAACAGAAAGUCACCUAAAACGACUUCCAAGUCUCCACGGUUGACGGCAAGCGCUCGCAAGAAUUGCGUCUCCUUCAAUCAUGAAAAUCUUCCUGGAAGAAUGACAAGAUGAAGAGGAGGAUGGUGUGAGUUUUUCAGCAAUCCAACAUGAUUGUUCAGUUAAAACUUCAUUUUACGCACUUUUAAGAUUUUACUUUUCGCUUAUUUGAAUGAUUUUACUGUAUUUUCUUAUUACUUGUACAAUAAAAUAUUUUGGAAUGACAAAUUGUGCCGUCUGAACAUUGAGCAUUAGUUUCCAACAAAUACUAAAUAAAAAGGUCUUUUCGUUUCGAAAAUGCAACAUCA